UCCCAGUCUUCACCCCCCCACACACCCCGAAACGCUGAGCCCGGGUAUCUGUUUUCCGCGCCGCGCCGUCGGGGCCCAGCGCCCGCGCGCUCCUCGCAGAGCGCCUGGAGGAUGAGAAGGAAGGGGGUGGCCUCAGCCUCCGGGAGCCCCGGCACCUCCGUUCGUUGCGCGAUCCCGGGAGGGCGGUCAGAGGUUGCGCUCCUCCUCCGCUUGCCCGCCCCGUCUGGGCUGCGAGCAAACCUAAAAGGAAGAGAGAUCCCCCCUUCCUCCUCCUCCUCCUCCUUUGGCGGCUCAUCCCCUGGAAUUUCCGGGGAUCAGGUUACGGUGCCCUCCUCCUCCUCCUCCUCCUCGCUCCCAUCUAGCGGGACCAGAGGCGACGGGGCGGGCGGGCAGGCGAGCAACGCCGAGCGCAUCCGCGAGGCAGCCUGGCCGGUCAGAAUACCUGAGAGCUGCGUGCUCAACUUCCAGUCCCGAUGAUGAACAUCCUUGCCCCCGUGAGAAGGGACCGGGUCAUUGCUGAACUGCCACGAUGCUUCACCAAAGAGGCGGCCCUGCAUUCCAGGACCAAUUUCCACCCCCAAGUGGUUGGUAUGUGCCAGGCGCAACGCACAGGGACCGUGGGGUUUAAAAUUUCCAAGAUUAUCGUGGUUGGCGACCUGUCGGUGGGAAAGACCUGCUUGAUCAACCGGUUUUGCAAAGACACUUUUGACAAGAACUACAAAGCCACCAUCGGCGUGGACUUUGAGAUGGAGCGAUUUGAAGUGCUGGGCGUCCCGUUCAGCCUGCAGCUGUGGGACACGGCUGGCCAGGAGCGCUUCAAGUGCAUUGCCUCCACCUACUAUCGUGGAGCUCAAGCCAUCAUUAUCGUCUUCGACGUGAACGACGUGGCAUCCCUUGACCAUACCAGGCAGUGGUUGGCAGAUGCCCUGAAGGAAAAUGACCCUUCCAAUGUCAUCCUCUUCCUGGUUGGGACCAAGAAGGAUCUCAGUUCUCCGGCGCAGUACAGCCUCAUUGAGAGGGACGCCCUCAAGGUGGCGAAGGAGAUGCAAGCGGAAUACUGGGCUGUCUCAUCGCUCACAGGUGAGAAUGUGCGGGAGUUCUUUUUCCGAGUGGCAGCGCUGACCUUUGAGGGUAGCGUGAUGGCGGAGCUGGAGAGGAGCAACGCGCGGAGGAUCGGUGACGUUGGAUCCACAGCAACGAGCGAGACUUAUACCUGACCGAGAAGCGGCGGAGAGCAAAAUGCUGCCAGUGACGAGAUGCGGAUGGAUGGGAAGGAGCUUUGCUGGUCCAAACAUUUGCACUGAACUUAUUUCUAUACCAAAGGAAAGUUCUUUCUUUCAAAAAACCAAACACUUCCAAGUGGGCCCUGUACAGGAAUAUAGGAAGCCUCACACGAAAUCAAACCAUUGGCCCAUCUAGCAUAGUACCGCUGGCACUGACUGGCGACGUUUCAGGCAGGGAGUCCUGUCCCUGCCCUACUUGGAGAUGCCUUCGGACCUUUUGCAGAGCUCUGCCACCAAGCUAGAUGUUUGUGGUUGGCCACCAGCGGGCAGGGAAUAUCCUUUCCCUGGGUGACGCUGUCCCGGUUUCUCCCCCCCCAAGAGCACUCCCCCCCCCCAAA